AUGAGCCCCUUUCGGUUGGUAUAUGGUAAAGCUUGCCACCUACCGGUGGAGGUAGAGAAUAGAGCGUAUUGGGCCGUCAAGGAGUGCAAUCCAAGUUUGGGUGGGGCCGGAGUUGAGAGAAAGCUUCAACUAGUGGAAUUAGAGUGUUUGAGGUGGGAAGCCUAUGAGAACUCGAGACUUUACAAGGAGAAAAUGAAAGCCGUGCACGACAAAAACAUAAGAAGAAGAGAAUUUAGAGUCGGCGAUCUAGUCCUCCUUUACAAUUCAAGAUUGAGAUUGUUACCCGGAAAACUAAGAUCAAGAUGGGAAGGACCAUAUCAAGUGGAGAAAGCAGAACCCUAUGGAGUCUACCGUUUGCGCCAUCCCUCAAGUCCGGAUAUCUUCAAGGUCAAUGGGCACCAUCUCAAGUUGUAUCUUGGUGAGCAAAUGAAGAGCAACAAGGAGAUUGAGGUAUUCCUCUUAGAAGAUGCACCUCUUGGCAAAGAGCAAUGA